AGAUAAGACAUGGACGAUUCAGCCACCAUGGGCAAUUUACAACAGGAACAAUCAGAUAACGGCCUCGAAAUGACAGUAGAGCUGCUGAUCUGCGAGGCCCUCAACUGCUUCUAACGUCUGCUUCUGCACCAGAUUUCCCUCGCAGCUAAUCCUGUCUUUAUCUUUGCAAGAUGUCUGUGAGAACCCUGCCCCUGGUGUUCAUUAAUCUGGGUGGAGAGAUGCUUUACAUACUGGACCAGCGGCUGCGAGCUCACAACACGUCUGAGGAUAAUUCAGAGAAAGGCGUGUGGUCAGAAAAUGACAGAAAAAGAGUUAUGAAUGACAUCGUUGGGACCAUGUUCAGUAAAGCCUUCAUGGAUGAACUCCUCAAACCUCAGCAGCUGUAUUCUCACAGGACAAUGAAAACGGUGCUAACUCGGUUAGCGCACGCGUCCAUCAUGAGGCUGAACCCGGCCAGCAUGGACCGGCUUUAUGAGCUGAUGGUCAUGGCCUUCAAAUAUCAAGUCUUCCUUUGCCCUCGACCUAAAGACCUGCUGCUCAUCUCCUACAACCACAUAGACGCCAUCAGGGAGCUGGUCAGAGACACUCCGGGGGUCCUGAACCAGGUGGACGAGACACACAGGAAAAUCAUCGAGGUUUACUCACCUCUAUCAGCGGGAGAACUGCAGCUCCUCAGACAAACGCUGCUCAUAUUUUUUGAAGACAUGCAUGUUCGAGUGUCACUUUUUCUAAAGAACCAAAUCCAGAACCCCAACGGACGUUUUGCUAUGGCGCCCUCAGGCCCAGUGCCUCAUGGGACGGAUGUUCCAGGACUUAUUAGGACGUUGGACAGUAAAGGCAGAGAGAUCAGACGGACGGAGUUUCCUACCGGAGGAAGUUACAGCAGCCCGAUCAGAGAGGGAUCGUUUGAGCUGUAUGGAAACAGAGUCAUCAGGCUGGGCAUGAACAUGUACACCGAGAACCAUCCAGAGGAGACUCACACAUCCAAAGCUUCCUCUGUUAAGCCCGUAGACGAUUCUCCAAACCUUCUGGCCAAGGAGGAGCUGAACCUGUUGGCUCGUCUGAUGGGAAGCAUGAAGGCCGAGAACACGAGCGAAGCUGAAACCGGGUUUAGGAUCAACCUGUUUAACACCGAUGAGGAGGAGGAGGAGGCAGGAGCAGCAGGAGGAGCUGAGGAGCCUUUAUUUGGAGUCAUAAAUAUUCAAGCUAUGCAGGAUGAACAGGCAGCUACAGAAUUGGCUCGAAUCGCUGGACAGUUUGCAGAAGAAGAAGAGAAACCUGAAAACCACCACAGCAGCAGCAAAGGAGACGACCUGCUGGCCAUGAUGGACGACCUCUGACCUCUGACCUGCAGGACGACGUGAAGGUUCAAUGAGAUUAGUUGUUUUCAUUUAACGGCCUGAAGGUGGCGUUAACAUCAACUCAUCAUCUCUCACUGUGAGCUUCUUUCAGUCAACCAAAAAAAAUAUGCAGUAUUCAAUGUUUACUCGAUCAUAUCCUCAGUAAAAUCUGUAAAUGUGCAGACAUGAACACAUGUACGGUCAGAAAUCAUAGCUUUCUUUGUUUAUUUGCUCUUGGAAAAGCACCAUGAAUGAACUACAGACUGCUGUGCUGGAGUAUUUUUUAUUUCUGUUCUGUCCGGUAAAGCCGUCAUUUCUAUCUGUGUUGCUGCUGGUUCAUGCUUUUAAACUCUGCAGUAUUAAAUCGGUGAUAAAUGUCAGCAGGAUGCAGGGAAACUGUUUCAUUUUUCUGUUUUGUACGUCCAAGCGUUUGAGGGAAGCUUCAUCUUUAUUUAAAAGGACCUACUGCACUUCUAGCCAGUAAUCAACAGACAUUAAAUUAAUUUGUCUUUAAACAGAAAAACAGCUGUUCUGAUGUUUAAUUGUUUUUCUCAUGUUUGUGAUCAUAACUUCUUAAAUGUUAGAAUUUGAUCCUUUUCUUCCUCAGACACAAAGUUAAAUUGAAUAAAUUUGGAGUUUUCCAAACAAAAUGAGAUAUUUUCGGCGUCACUUUGGAUUGUGGGAAACAUUUUGUACAGUUUGGAAUGAAAACAUUUCAUCAGUUAAACAGGAAGUUAAAAUGCUGAGUUAGUGGUGAUAAAAUAACUGUCAGGAGCAGUAAUAGCUGAAGAUCACGAUUCAUUUUAAUUUUACUUUUCUGUUAUAAAACGAAGCAAAUAUGAUUAAACAAUCAGGUUUUUCACAUUUUAAAAGCAUUACAGCACAUAAUAUUAAAGUAAAUUCU